AGAAGCAUGGUCAUCUCCAAUCCUCCGAAAGCUCCCUGUCAUUGAAAUUAGCUUUUCCCUUUGUCCAAUUUUGUGCUUUCUCCCUCUGCUCAAUUCUAACCGUACUCUUAAGUAUCAAACUUCAAAGAAACCAUGGAAGGAAAAGCUAACAACAGUGCUCAUACCCGGGAUGCUUCAUUCUCUUCUAACAUCCGCGGAGCAGAAGGGAACUUUGUCCUCGAACUUGCAGGGUCAGUUCAGACUCCCCCUCCUGCCAUGACCUUGAGCCGAAAGACUGAGGAGGGAGAAAUCAGCGUCUUUGGUGCUGAAAGGUAUUUCAACAUGAUGCUGGAAGAUGAGGGUCCAAGAAUUGUGGACUAUAACACAAGCAAACAUGGGCAUAAUAAGAAAGAAAACAGAACUGGUCAGCACUACAACCAACCAAAGAGCAGGCCAGGAACUCCUAGUACUUGUUCUGAAGCAAGUUGGAAUAGCCAAAGCGCCUUGUUACCAUCUCUGAGAAACUCAUCUCACAAUAAGAAGAAAAAGGUAAAUGGAAAGAUCAAAAGCUUUUCUAUUUUCAGCUGCAAUGGAUGCUCAGAUAAGAAAGCCAUUUAUAUUCAUGAGAUAAAUGCUGGGCAUGGAGGGCAUCAUGGUAAAGACGCCAGGAAGCAAAGCGUUCGAAUUGAUCAAAAUCCUGUCAAGCAGUCUCAACCAAGAUUCAAGGAAAGAGAUGAGCUUUACUACUCUAGCUUUCAAACAUCACACAAGGAAGAGCAUUUUGCAUUCACAAAUUUGAAUUCUAGUGCACAGAAAUCUGCAGCUAAAUCACAGUUGGGAGAGAAGAAAAUAAAAGAAGAAGAAGACCCACGAAAGUCACUGGAGGUGUUUGGAUCCCACAUGAUGAAGGGAGACAUAGUAGCAAUAAAUCUGGAGAGAAGGCUUUCCAUGCUAAGUUGGGAUACCAUUCCAAAAGCUCAAAGCCUCUCAAAUGCUUUGGUGACAGGUCCGGUGAUCAAUGAAGAUGUGGAGAGUGAUGCUAGUUCAGAUUUGUUUGAGAUAGAGAACCUACCCGGAAGUGGACAAACACCGUUUACAAGUCACGCAUCUGAUGGAAUGUCUGUGGCCUCCGCUGCCCAGUAUGAGUCAAGUGAGACCGGCAUGGAGUGGAGUGUUGUCACAGCCUGUGAUGAAAAGAAACUGGCAGCAAACGGCGGAACACCUGAUCCAACAACCACUGGCACAGCAGGAGUUGCUCAAAGGUUAGAAUCUUCAAUGGAAAAGGGGAAAGUUACAGUCUGAGACUGGCAAGAAAAUUACUACGUGCAACAUGCCUUUGCCUAAGAGGGUUAUGAUCAAACUAUGCAACUGCAUUACUGUCUUUGUACAUGCCAGAGUAAAUGCGCAAUGAUUUAUGAAAUAUUUGAGAAA